ACGGGUCUGCCGCGUGAACUCGCCUGCCGAAUCGACCUCUGCGUUGGAGCUCGAGUGAUUAAAAUUGGGAUUAGUUGCAUAAAUAUUCAUUUCUGAGCAAUUUCAUCACGCAGUAUGGUAAACAAAAAGAAGAAAUAUAACGCUAGGUUUCCUCCGGCUCGUAUCAAGAAAAUAAUGCAGAAGGAUGAAGAAGUCGGCAAAGUUGCAGCUCCAGUACCUGUCAUCAUCUCUCGAGCACUGGAACUCUUCGUGGAGUCCCUCGUUCUGCAAGCCAGCGAGAUUACACGUUCCAGAAAUGCCAAGACGCUCACAACGUCACAUUUGAAAGCAUGUAUCCUUUCCGAUGAGCGACUGGUGUUUCUAAACGAGCUGGUGUCGGCCAUCCCAGAUGUACAGGGUGAAGAGGAUGUUUGUGAAGGGAAUGCAGCUCCCUCUAGGCCAAAGAUAAUGAGAGCUCGUAAACCCCGUAAGAUCAGUAGGAACUCGGCGGGGCCAAGUCACUCGACUGCGGAAGACACAGACAGUGUCGAUGAUGAAGACGACUACGAUUUGGAGGAGGAGACGGACGAGGGGAGCAGUGAGAACACGUCCGAAAUCCCAUCCAACCAGACGUAUGGUGCUGUGAUGAACGCUUCACCGUUUCCACAGCAAAACGUGGUCGCACCCAUGCAGUCGUUUCCUCGGUAUCCCCUGAAGGUGGAUGACGACUACGACUCCUGAGAGGGAAUAAAUGUCCUCACCCACCCA